AUGAUACACCACUUGCUGGUCAUCCGUCCACCUCCGGACGACAACGAGGACGCCAAGCAGGAAGAGGAGCUCUGUAGCCAGGUGGACUCACUACUCAACCUCGAGCUCACGCACCGCAAGACGAUCGUGGAUGCGCAGAGGCUGCCUUCUGCCAUGCCUCCGUCGUCGCCUGACGCGCGCGGCUUCGAGCAGAUCGCGCUGUGGAAGGGCGACAUCACCACGCUCAAGGCCACGGCCAUUGUGAACGCCGCCAACUCGGCGCUGCUCGGCUGCUUCCAGCCGUCACACAAGUGUAUCGACAACGUGAUCCACAGCAUGGCAGGACCGCGCCUACGAGCAGCGUGUCACGAGAUCAUGAGUCGCCAGGCGCGCGAAGAACCCGUGGGUAACGCCCAGAUCACGCCGGGUUUUGCCCUGCCAGCUUCGUAUGUGCUGCAUACGGUCGGACCGCAGCUGCAUCGCGGUGCACAGCCCACUGCCGCUGAGCGCGCGCAGCUUCGGUCAUGCUACACCAAGUCUCUGGACUUGUUGCUGAAGACGGUGGGUGAUCAGACGGAGGAGAAGGUGUCCAUCGCAUUCCCGUGCAUCUCUACGGGUCUGUUCGCGUUCCCUAGCGACAUUGCUGUACCCCUGGCAGUGGACAGCGUGCUGGAGUGGCUAUCAGCUCACCACGAUGAAACGCGCGGGUGGAAGGUCAUUUUCAACACGUUCCUGAAGCGCGACUACGAUCUGUACAAGGACUACAUCGAGAGCAAGUGUCCGGGUAGUGUGGAAUUGCCUGCUGCCCCCGUGUCAUCGGCGUUGCAGAGUGCAGCGCGAGCUAUCCAAGAUGCGGACUAUCUGCUGGUGGCUGCAGGUGCCGGACUCUCCGCUGCGGCUGGACUUGACUACACCUCGGAAGCAGUCAUGAAGAAGUUCCACCCCAACAUCAGGAAGAUCAUCCCUAGCUUCCGCACGAUGUAUCACCAAAUCGGCUACACAAACUGGGACGAACCGCUCAUGUGGGGAUGGCUGUUCAAGCACAUUAGCCUGGUUCGCUUUGGCUGGGUGCCGCACCGUACAGCCCCGACGUACGACUACGUUAAGAACAUCGUGAACGCGUUUGAAAACCGCCAUCCUGGCUCGGCUUUCAUCAAGACCAGCAACGCCGACGGCAUGUUCGAGCAAGAAGGAUUCGACACGAAGUCGAUCUACCUCAUGCAAGGCGAGUACGGUCGCAUCCAGUGCUCGAAGCCUUGCUCAGAGGACAGCGUCUGGAGUGCUCGUCCGUACAUGGAGAAGGCGCUCGAGAGCUUCAACCCGGAGACGUACCGAAUCGAGGACCCAGCAGAAAUCCCGAGAUGCCCCAAGUGUGGAGGCAAGAUGUUUCUGCUGUUGCGCGUGGAUGACUCGUUCCUGCAGAGCGCGCUGGAGGAGGGGCGCGCCGUGUACGACAAGUGGCUCGCGAAUGUGCUCGACCGCGUGAGAAACGAUGGCAAGAAGCUCGCAAUCCUCGAGGUUGGUGCAGGAUUCAACACCCCCGGCGUGUUGCGUCUGCCAAACGAACGCAUUGCGUACACCAAUGGGGUUCAACUCGUCCGUGUCAACCCCGACUAUCCAGAGAUGCCGUUCCAGUCGCACGGCGUUGGCGUCGCUGAGGAUGCGAAUGCUGUACUGGAGUACAUUUCACAGAACGUUCAAGCCAAGUAG